UGUUGUUAAACUUCUUCAUCCAGUUAUAUUAGGUCCACGACAAGAAUGUGAGGUGCAAGCACAAGUUCCGAUUUCAACAGCUGAAACAGUUAUACUUCAUCCAAAACAACAACUUCAACAUAAUCCGGUAAAUAGUCAGUCGGUUGAGUAUCGCGAGCAGUGUUAG